AUGAGAACUCCUAUUGUAGUGUCACUUGCACUACUUUCACUCAUUGGAAAUAUCAAUACUACUGGAACUGGCACAUUCUUAGCCAAUCAAGUCAAGGCUAGAAAUCAAUGGACUGUUGAUCAAGCCAACCAGUGGUGGCAAUAAUCUGGUGGAUGGUUCGCUGGAUGCAACUUCAUUCCAAGCACAGCUGUAAAUACUCUUGAGAUGUGGCAAGCUGAAACUUAUGAUCCUACCACUAUUGACAGGGAACUUGGAUUUGCUGCUUCUGCUGGAUUCAAAGUAAUCAGAGUUUUUAUUCAUCAUCUUGUGUGGAACCAAGAUAGAGCAGCAUUUAAAUCUAGACUGGAUAACUUUUUGAGUAUUGCAGAUAAGCACGGUAUCAAGACAAUGUUUGCUAUGUUUGAUGACUGCUGGAAUCCUGAAGGACACCUUGGACAAUAACCAGCACCUAUUUAGGGAGUUCAUAAUUCAUAAUGGGUAAGAGCCCCUGGCUACGCUGAAUUUGAUGAUACUUCUUUAUUCCCUCUAUUCCAAGAGUAUUUCCAUGACAUCAUUGGCAGCCUCAAGAACGACAAGAGAGUUUACCUUUGGGAUAUUUAUAACGAACCAGGAAAUAGCGGUCACGGUUAGAGAACAUUGCCUUUACUAUAAGGUACUUUCCAAUGGGCAAGAGAAGCUGAGCCCAGCCAACCAAUCUCAUCAGCACCAUGGAACUUUGGCUCAGAUUUUGAUCCUUUAACAAACUACUAGUUUGAAAAUAGUGAUGUCAUCACAUUCCAUCUUUACUCAGAUCUGUAGUCAACACAAAGUAAGGCUCAAUAAUUGAAAGCAAGAUAUCAAAAGCCAGUCAUACUUUCAGAAUACAUGGCUAGACCAACUGGAAGCAAGUUUUAAACUCAUAUUCCAAUGCUUCAUGAUGAGAAUGUUGGUGCUAUCAAUUGGGGACUUGUAAGUGGAAAGACUAACACUAUCUUCCCAUGGGGCUCACCAGAGGGUUCACCAGAGCCAAAGAUCUGGUUCCAUGAUGUUUUUAGAAAAGACGGAACUCCAUUCGACCAAGAAGAAAUAGAUGUUUUAAGAAAAUAUACUCAAGGACAAUCAACCAGAAUUGAACUAAAUAUUGUAUGA